AUGGCACUCCCGACCAAAGGACGCGUUAUAAUCGAGACGACGUUUGGAGAGAUUGAUAUUGAACUUUGGGCAAAGGAAACGCUGAAAGCAUGCCGAAACUUUAUAGCACUCGCUCUGGAGGGGUACUAUGACGGUGUCAUCUUUCACCGGAUCGUACCUGGAUUCCUGGCGCAAAUGGGUGACAGAACUGGAACGGGGAACGGUGGAGAGUCGUUCUACGGCGGAUUCCUUUCUGCUUGGCCUGCGAACGAACCACACACCAAUCCUCAUCGAGCAGACGAAUUGCACGGCAAACAUACGUUGUUCGGACGGGUAGGGGGUGAUACUAUCUACAAUGUGAUAAAACUCUCAGAACUGGGGUUGGACAAGAACAGUCGACCGGUGUACGCCUACCCAACACUACACCACUUACCCACCCACCCACCAACUGCUGUAUGCAGCCCACCAAAAAUAAAAUCCAUCAAACUCGUCGACAACCCCUUUGACGAUAUCAUCUCGCGUAUAACUGCAGCUGAGCGACGCGCGCAGCAGAGGGCUAGAGAGGAGGCGCAGAGGGCGCGGGAGGAGGCUUUCGCGGAUCGUCGUCUUCGCUUGCGGUUAAGCAAGCUCGGACUGAAGGAGAGGCUAACGAAUACCUUCAAGAUGGGACUCAAACACCGUGCCGCGUCUAACUGCGAUGUGGUUGUACAUAGUUCUGGCAGUCUCCUUGACUUGCGUCCACGCCUCCAUCACAUGAGCCCCCACCAAAAUUACAAGGGAUAG